AGGAGCAGAGAUGAAAUUGAAGCUGGAAAGGGAGCACUGAGGAGGACACGGUUAAAAAAGGUAAGUAGAAACUCUUAAAACUAAACCUUUGUGAUGAACGUUCGCAUAGUUUGUGUUUUCUGUGGAAGAAAAACGCUUUUAAUGAGGACAACUUCCUGCCUUGUGAGCGCAAAAGUCAUGUGUGGAUGACAACUCGCACAUCUCCUCACAUCCAUAACGAGAGCAGAUUGCACUGACAGCGUUACAGGAAGCUGUUGUCAAGCCAGAAUACCAUAGGCGCUGUUACAUCCUGAGAGAGGCUUCCGGAAAGCUGACUGACGACGAGGAGAGAGGAGAGUUUUGUUUGCUUCUUUUUUCAUCUGAGUUUGCUUGAUUCUUUCCUCCCGACCCUCCCUGUCUGUCCUCGAGCUGUAAUUGCCAAUGACACUGACAUCAAAACUGAAGAGGGAGGAUUUGCAGGUGGCCUGUUUUUUCUCCCGCCAAUGAAUUCUGUUAACGUGUUAUUUUGGGUGUUGUUUAAUGUCAAAGCUGACAUAGUCAAAACCUUCCCUUCACUCCAGAUCCAGAUCUUAAUUACCUCCGCCAAGGAGGUUAUGUUUUCGGUAGCGUUGGUUUGUUUGUUUGUUUGUCUGUUAGCAACUUUACGGCGAAAGUAACAGACAGAUCGACCUGAAAUUUUCGCCAGAGGUGCGUCUCAGCCCCAGGAGGAUCCCAUUAAAUUUUGGUGGUGAUCCAGACAAAAUUCUGGAUACUGUGAUCCAGAACACACAAAAAUAAGGGUGUCGUUGGAAUUUUCAAUGCUGAAAGAUAACCAAUGGGCGGCACAGUGGUGUGGAUAGGCGGUACAGUGGUGUAGUGAUUAGCACUGUCGCCUCACAACCAGAAGAUCCUGGGUUUGAAUCCGGGUCAGGGCAUUUCUUGUUUUAGGAACAUUAUGAACAGUGAACAUACCAGUUUAAACACAAAUAAAAGUUCAUAAAAGACACGUAACAGUAAAAGUUUUGCUGUGAAUCACAAUAUAAGGGGGGACAUGAGCUGCUUGGCGGAGGUCUGCGCUCUCCGAGUGCUUUUCUAGUUCGUAUUGUUUUGGAUUAGGACCUGUGUCCACUGAAUGCAUUUUUUUACAUGUCAAACAUUCACAUUUUAUCCACCCAACAGGGCUCAGCGAUGGCGUCAGCGGAUCACAACUGCACCAACAUCGACCAGUUGAUGAAGCGCUACUACCUUCCCGUCGCCUACGGAAUCAUCUUCAUUGUGGGCCUGGUGGGUAACGUCACGUCCAUAAGCAUUUACAUGACGAAGCUCCGUCCGUGGAAGAGCAGCAGCAUCAUCAUGGUCAACCUCGCGCUGACCGACCUCCUCUACGUCCUCAGCAUGCCGUUCCUGAUCCACUACUACAGCAACGGGGAGUCCUGGACACUCGGCGACUUCAUGUGCCGUUUCGUGCGCUUUGGUUUUCAUUUCAACUUGUACGGGAGCAUCCUGUUUUUGACCUGUCUCGCGAUUUUCCGUUACGUGGUGGUGAGCAAGCCUUUGAGGGCGGCGCAGGUACAGCGGAAACUAUGCGGGAUAAUCGCUUGCUCUGUCGUGUGGAUCGUCGCCGUUGCUGAAAUUGCUCCCAUGCUGACGAUGAUAUCCUUGGAUGAGCGCGACAACAAGACCGUCUGUUUGGAUUUUGCUAGCACCAUACCCUUUGACUUACGCUGGUACGUCUGGCUGCUCACUGCGCUUGGGUUCCUGCUCCCCCUAGUGGUGGUGUUUAUGUGUUACAUCGGUAUUGUGAAACAGCUGGCGAAUGGGCCCCACACAAACAGUCCUUGUCGGGUGCGAGCUAGGCGCGUCACUGUGCUGAUCCUUGUCGUGUUUGUAGCGUGUUUCCUCCCGUAUCACAUCUUGAGAGUGUUACGAAUAAAAACACGACAUUCGGAGGACGUGACUUGCAUGGUGGAGCACGUCGUACACGCUGCAUAUAUCAUUUCUAGACCUUUAGCUGGACUCAACACUUUCUUCAACCUGGUUUUGUACACGUUAUCCGGGGAUACAUUUCGGCGGGCCUUCCUCAGCAUCUUCUACCGGGAAUGCUGGCUUACCAAAGCCAGGUCACUGGUCCAUUUGGCCAUCAUCAGCAAGAGAGACAGUGGCAUACCUGCUGGAUGACUCACUCCCCCCCAACACCUGACUUUCCUUUCACGUCUCUUACAGUCACACUGUUAUCACUCUGUAAAUACACUUGAGACGGCGUGACAGGAAAAAAACACAUACCAGCCCCUUAAGUGUAUUCAUGAAUUUCUAAAGGUUCGUGUUGUGAGUGUAAGGUUGACUUUUGUACUCACCUGCUGUUCUUUUCUGACUGGAACUCAUUUAAGUGCAGUUUUCCCUACGAUCAGCAAAAUGAAGUCCUUUGUUGCAUCCUCAAAAAUAACUACAGGUAUGGAGCGAGUUUUGAAACGCCACAGGUUGUGGAGUUUCCACUUUCUUUUGCUUGUAAAGGUUUAACUGGUGCAGAAAAUAGCACCACUGUCAUGUCUUUAUGUGCGACUUGAACAUGCGUGUUUUCAAUUAAAACUGAUGUUAAAUGGA